AUGGCAGAAUCAUCUCCAACAAAGACCGAAAUUGAGGAAGUUUUUAAACGUUUGCGUGCUAUUUCUUCAAACAAAACAUGCUUUGACUGCAAUGCAAAAAACCCAGCUUGGUGCAGUGUAACCUACGGAGUAUUUUUGUGCAUUGAUUGCUCCGCAAUUCACCGAAGCUUAGGAGUUCAUUUAACAUUUGUAAGAUCUUCUCAAUUAGACACUAAUUGGACAUGGCAACAAUUGCGGAAUAUGCAAUUGGGAGGAAAUGCUCACGCAAGAUCAUUUUUUUCAUCACACAAUUGUACAAGCACAGACGCCCAACACAAAUACAAAUCCCGUACCGCGAUGCAAUACCGGGAAAAACUUGCUCAAGCUUCUAAUCAAGCAAUGAAACGUUACGGUACCAAGCUGCACAUUGAUGAAAGCGAGUCGAAUAAAUGUCAAGAAAAAGACAAAGAAGAGGUUGAUUUCUUCACCGAGCACGAAUCUUUUGAGGAGCUUAACAAGAUGGCGGCUCCUAGCCUCAAAAUGGCGGCUCCUACGAUAGAGCCGGUGAAAGAGAAGGAUAAGGAUAAAGAUGUUGAUUUAUUAAUUAAUUCUAUGGGACCUACUGUUAAAUUAUCGGAAGGAUCUGGAGGUGGUAAUUUUAAAUCAACUAUUGGAGGACGGAAAGUUCAGCAGAAGAAACCUGGGUUAGGAAAGAAAGCCGGAGGAAUGGGAGCCCAGAGAGUGACGACAAACUUUGACGAGCUGGAAAAGUCAGUCGCGGAGUCUCAGGCGGCUGUUAUUAAGGAACCGGAAACAGAAGAGGACCAAUCAGAAGCAAACAGCCGGUUGGCUUAUAAAAUGGAGCAGAAUCUUACGGAACAGGCGAAGCUCGAGUCAACAAACACUCGCAAGGAAUCAAAGUUCUCUUUGCGAGACGAGCCAGAAACAGAAGCGCCCUCUGUGAGGAUCGUCAACGAUUUAGAUGAUUUUUUCUCGGCGAUAAGCACGCCGUACUCCUCAAAGUCUUCCUACAAGUCGACCGAGGAGGUCGUUGUGAUCAGCGAGCCGGAGCCACCGAAAAGAGGUCCAAGGGUCAAGCCGGAGGUCAAGCACUUGGCCAGUGGGGACGGAGAAGCCCAAAGAAAAUUCGGGGAAGCUAAAGCCAUUAGCUCGGACCAGUAUUUCCGCGAUGGUAACAACGACGAUGCGUGGGAACGCAAGAGCAAUUUAAGGAGAUUCGAGGGUUCCUCGUCGAUCUCUUCCUCCGAUUAUUUUGGGAGCAAUCAAACUUCUCCGACUGGCUCGUACUCCCCGGGGUCACUUUCAAUGAGCAGCAUCGCCGCUAGAACCGGCUCCGUUGAUCUUGAGGAUGUUCGCGAGUCAGUGCGUCAAGGUGUGAACAAAGUUGCUGGAAAAAUUAGUUCUCUGGCUAAUGCAGCGAAUGUUUGGUGUGGCGUGAGAAGGUUUUGGAACCUUGAGAGAAGAUUUGAAGAUUCUAGAAUGAUUGGAUGA